GCCGGCCGGCUGCGUGCUGCUGCGAGCCGAGCGCUCGGCGGCGGGCCCUGCAGUGUUUUGUGUUCUCUGCUAGUGGAAGACGAAGGCGUUCCGGUCAUCAUGGUGUGCGGUCCGAAGAGCAUCGGCAAGUCCACGUUUAACAGAUACCUGAUAAACCUGCUGCUGAACCACCUUCCCUCUGUUGAGUACAUGGAAUGUGACAUAGGGCAGACUGAAUUCACGCCGCCUGGAUGCGUGUCUUUAAGUAACGUAACGGAGCCGUUUCUCGGUCCACCAUUCACGCACCAACGGACGCCGCGUAAGAUGGUGUACUAUGGGCAGACCAGCUGUGAGCAGGACACAGAGAGAUACAUCGAUGUGGUGAAGUACGUGUUCAGCUCCUACAGGAAGGAAGUACCUUUAGUCAUCAACACUAUGGGCUGGGUGAAAGGUGAGGGGUUGCUGCUUCUGACUGAUAUGAUCCGGCUGUUGUCGCCCACCCACGUGGUUCAGAUGGAUGUGUACGACUGGAAGGCCAUGGCUCCGCUCACCCCCGAGAACGUCCACCUGGCUCCCGGGCUGUACACCAAGGGCAAGCAGCAAGCCAAGGGCAAGCGGAUGGACCUGAGUGCAGCAGAGGGCUGGAAGUGCUCUGAAGGGGAGGAAGAUGCGUCAGCUCCUGAGUAUAAACUGCUCUACGUCCACCCUGAAUUCCCUCGAGCUGGGGCUGCAGGUGAAGCGCGAGUGCACAGCAGCAUCUUACGUGACAUGUCCAUACUGGGUUACUUGGGGCAGCUGCAGCCCCCAGAUGUGGCAUCCGUCCUUCCGCUGCACAGCCUCGUGCCGUAUCAGGUACCUUUUAAUGCUGUUGCACUCAGGGUUAUUCAUACCGAUGUUGCUCCUACCAACAUCAUGUAUGCAGUGAAUGCCAGCUGGGUUGGGCUCUGCAGGAUACCGGAUGAAAUCAGAUGCCAAACUGCCGGGCCAGUGCUGCUGACACAGACACCCAUCUGUGAUUGCCUUGGCUUCGGAAUUGUCCGAGGGGUUGACAUGGAGAAGCAUCUCUAUCACAUCCUGACCCCCGUGCCUCCUGAGAAGCUGAGAGUAGUGAACUGCCUUCUGCUGGGAAACAUUGCUAUUCCAAACUGCAUUUUUGUGAGCCAGGAAGGAAUUGAGGGAGAGAUCCCUUAUGUCACAUCUGAGUAUAACUACAGCAUUUUGGGGUCUGGGAAGCUGAGAAAGAAGAAGCAUUUCAAGAAGAGGGAAUGCACGUUCCAGUGUGAUUACACUUGAAGCCUUUGGACUUUGGAGUGCAGGAUUUGUUUUGUAUGGCAGGAGGCCUGGGGUCCACAGCUGCAGGAGACCCCAAGCAAGCGGCUGAUCUGUAGAUACUAAAACAUCAUUUUUAACAGUAUUUUAUAUUUUCAGUAUGUAUUUUGGUGUUUUGUAAUAAAUGAGUUGAAAACGUUG